AUGAAAUAUGGAAAGUACUUGGAAUCAAGGAAAUUGGAAUUACCUGAAUAUCUUCCUUAUUUUAUGAAUUAUAAAGCUCUUAAAAAGCUAAUCAAGUCCCUAGCUACUGUCAAUUUCACCCAAACUCAAUUUUUAGACAAAAAUGGUAAAAUCGAUUUCAAUAAUAACGAAGUUGGGAAAAUCUUACAAGAAAAUAACGCCAGUUUCUUUUUCAGAAUUGAAAGAGAAUUGGAAAAAGUUAACAGUUUUUAUAUCGAAAAAGAAGCUGAUUUAAAACUAAAAUUGGAUAUCUUAUUAUCUGAAAAGAAUAAUUUAUUACUAAAUAACAAUAUAUCAACAAACAAUAGCAAUAAUAAUAACAACAACAACAAAAAUAAUAACGAUAACUAUAACGAUAACAAUAACACUAUUAACAAUAACAAAAAUACCUCAAAUUUAUUAAACAAUAAUGACCCAUUACCAAUUGAUAACACCUCAAAAUCAAUCUCCUUUAAAAACUUGGUAAGAAACUUUCAAAAAUUUAAUAGAGAUUUAGAUCGUUUGUCUCAAUUUGUUGAACUAAACGAAACUGGCUUUAGAAAAAUCUUGAAAAAAUGGGAUAAAAGAUCAAAAUCUCAUCUACAGGAAAUCUAUAUCUCAACCACCAUAAAUGUUCAACCAGUUUUUCAUCGAGAUGAAAUCAAUCAGCUCAGUGACUUGGUAGCAAACUCUCUACUAGAACUAGAAGCUUAUUCUGAUGGUGAAAACCUAUUAUUCACAACUCAACCUAAUCAAUCCAAUAACACACUACUAUUCAACAACAACAACAUCAUCAAUAAAAACAAUGAAAACAACUUCAUUAGCAACGAUGAUAAUAAUAGAGAAACUGAUGAAUUAUAUUCAGAAUUUGUAAAUAUAUCCCUUUCCAAUAAUAACGAACAAAUUCAUCUUAAAAACUGGCUCAAUAAACUAUCAAACUAUAAUAAACCUGAAAAUUUAACAAAAAUCUUUUUCUUAUCCAUUUCAACUUCUGUCUUGGAUUUAUAUUUGCAAGAAUUUUAUAACUUCUUUCAAAAUUUUAUUGACUUUAAUUUCAACUAUAUCGAUACAAUCACAAAUAAAAACUUCUUACAUCAAAUAUCAAGCUGCAUAAAAUUUAAGGAUUUCAAUCCUGAUAAAUCAAGAUUAUUCCUACUAAAUAUAAUCUUAAAUAAAGCUAAGUCUCAAAACGGCUCUCUCUUAAAUCUACUAAAAAUGACUGAUAGUAAUGGCAAAAUUCCUCUACAUUAUGCUUGUCAAUAUGGUAGAAUCGAUCUAAUCCCAACGUUAUUACAAAAUUACCCAAAUUGUUCAAUCACUGAUCACAAUUCUUUAACUCCUCUACUAUUGACAAUAGCUAAUAACCAUUUAAAUUGCAUGAAAUUAAUUCUAGAUUUCUCCUUGAAUAAACAUAAUCAAGAAAUCUUUCAAGAAAAACCUCUAGAAAAAUCUCAAGAAAAAUCUCAAGAAUCUCAAAACAAACCUCAGCCUUCAAUUAAAAGUGUGGAUGGAAAACUAAAACCUCAAGACGAAAUCGAUAUACCGAAAUAUUUAGCUCUAAAUUAUGCUUGUGAAUUUGGCAACUACGAAAUUAUUAAAAUGCUAUUAGAUGAAAAUUACUCCUCUAUUAUCUCUAAACAUUCAAAAAAUGUUCAAGGUUUAUUUCCUUUACAUACCCUAGCUAUUAAAGGUCACUAUCAAAUUGUCGAUUUAUUAAUUUCCUCGGCCGGUUCACUCCCAAAUCAAUUUGACUCUUUUAAUAAAUGGACUCCCAUCUUCUAUGCUGCCAGCUAUGGACAUGCUAGAACCGCAAAAAAAUUGAUCAAAAAUGGUGCUUCAAUCUCACUUAAAGAUCAUGAUGGUUAUACUCCCCUUUAUUAUGCUGCUUGGGAAGGCCAUGUUAAAGUUUUUAACGUCUUGUUAGAUGCUUCAAAUAUGCCGCCUCCAAUAAAUAUAAAUCCAAACACAACAUCUUCCCCUUCAAAUAUACCCACCCCAAAAAAUAAACCAAUAACAAUCGCAGAUUAUGUUAAAAUGACAAAAAAUGCCGAAAAUAAAAAUGAUUUUGUUAAGUCACCAAAUUCAGAUAACUUAAUGCAACUACCUAUAAAUUUCGAUUCAAUUCCUGAUUUAUCUUUACCCCCACCAAUUAUUCCCUUGCGUAAAUAUGGUCACAAUUUCCUUGAAAAGAAAAUCUUUUUGCAAUUAAUUUUUCCUCCAAAUAAAGAUUCAAUUAAAUUUUUCAAAAAAAGACAAUAUGAUUUACUAUUUAACAGUAAUUUUAAUUUUGAUUCAUAUUUAAGUGUUCCUGAUAUAAGUUUAAUUCCAGGUAGAAUAACUCUAAGUUCAAAGGCAACGGAUUUAAUCCCAAGAAAUUUAUUAUGGCCAAUAAGUGAUAACGAUAAAUUUGUUUUAUUCCAAAUCGACGAUAUCGAUGAACAUUUUUCUAUUGAUUUUGAAUUAUUUCCAACUUUUGGAACCAAAUUGAUAGCAAAAACAACCGCAUUAUCAAACUUAUUUCUCAAUUCUAACAAUAGUUCAAUAAAUUUAGAUGGAACAGGUGAAAUUAUAUUGCCGUUAUUUGAUUCUAGAUUGAAAAAUAUUGGUGAAAUUAAUUUUAGGUAUCAAAUAAUUUACCCAUACCCUGGCGUGCCUUUAGAAAUUACUAAAUAUGAUACUUAUUGGAAAACAACAGAUAAUAAUGCAAAUAACAAUAAUAGCAUUAGUGCUACAAUAAGUAAUUUUUCUACAACGACAAAGAGUUUAACGACAACAUCUUUUUUGUCAUUUGUUACUGCAUCUUCAUUAUCUGGCUAUUUUUUAAAAUUAAACGUUUGUUUAUUAAAUGAUGGAAGGCCUGUUAUCUGUCCUAGAAAUACUAUUUCUGCUGAAAAUGGCAUUGAAAUCAAUCUUAUCAAUUUAAAUUAUUCAGAUUUAUUGAAACUUACUAAAAAUCAUUAUAACCUUGAAGAAGUUGGCAAAUUAUUAUCUAAUUUUUCAAAAACACCAAAUUCAUUAUAUGUUAUCAAAGAGAUUCAAAAAAUUAUUGAAAAUUGUUAUUUACCAUUGGAAUUUAUUCUUGAGAAAUUAUCUAAUGAAAUCUCACUUAAUCUUGAAAUUAUUUAUCCAACUAUUUUUGAAAUUAAAAAUUUUGUUAAAAUAUACUCUAUUAGUUCACCAAUUCCAAGUUUUCAACAAAAUUAUGUGAAUAAAGUCAACGAUGUUAAUUUGAACAACUUUAUUGAUUCUAUUUUAACUAUAAUAUUUGAACAUGUAAGAUUAGGAGAAAAGGAAGCCACAAAUGUAUUUACUAAUAAGGCGAGAUCUAUUAUUUUUUCGUCCUACAAUCCAACUGUUUGUACAAUAUUUAAUUGGAAACAACCAAAUUUCCCGGUGUUGUUUAAUAUGGGAGGGAUUAGAUAUAAUCCAACUGAAAAGGAAUUCAAGCUUACGACAGCACAUGGAAAUCAAAUCGAAGAAGAGGUGUUUGAAGAUCCAGCAACUAGGUCUAUUAAAGAAGCUAUUAAAUUUUCAACAAUGAACAAUUUGUUGGGGAUUAUGUUGCCUUCUAAGAUAUUGAGUUUGAUACCUGAUUUAAUUCCAAGUAUAAGGUCAAGGGAGUUGAUUUUAGUAGCAUCCAAAGACGAUGCUGAUUUAAAAUUAAAGAAUGAUAUUAAAAAUGAAGUUGAUUACUUUCAUUCCGAUAUAAACGGGAUGAGAAUAAACAAUGUAUUAAGUUUCAAAGAUGCUAUUGAUAUGUAGUAAUGUUAAAAAUUAUUAUUUUUUUUAUUUUUUUUGUUUUAUUUUGUUGCGUUUUUUUAUUCAAG